AGGCCUUGGGGGACUGGCACUGCGGCAGAGAAUUAAGGAAAUAAAGUGAUUUUAUGUUCCUACGUGCUUUAAAAUCCAGGCAUGCGAGAAAAUUGCCUAUAAAAUACAACUCUACAAGUACAAACACCCUGGGGGGAAUACUUUGGCUAGGUAACACCGGUGAUAAAAAGCCCUCCACCACUGGUUCUCAUGGCCCCCUCAGCCUGGCAUCUUAAGUUUCAGCCCAGACAUUCCUAACUGGUGUCGUUCAGAGGCCUGAAAUGCUAAAGCUGCAGGCGCUUCAGCUCUUCAUGCCAAAGAAAUGCCUCCUGGCACAUCGCAUGGAUUGCCUUUGGAGGAUUUGCUUAUCAACGCCAGUGAGCAGUUUAGGAGCCUUUGCCAAGGUGCAGCUGGUGAACAACUUCAAAAUGUCUUGGAGGUGCUGCUGACCUUCCUGGAUGUACCGUUGUCGUGUUGCAAGGUUUCUCUUUUGGCAGAACCCUCGGGAGCACACUGGUUAUUUUGUCUUCUCCAAAUACCAGACCUCUGAUGCCAAGAAAGAAUGGCAUCUCCUUCACCAUGAUCCCCUUUUCCCUUGCUCAGGUUUCCUGAGACAAGCACUGUCUGUUUCUUUACCCUGUGGCUGUAUUUGUGGGUUUUUUUUCCUCUUGCAAAUCCAGAGGAUUUAGUCACUGGAGUUUGGUGUCAGGUCGUGGUCUCUUAUCUUCAGCUUUAACCUUAACCCUCAUCCUCUCCCAUCCUCAGCAUUGCCUGCACUUUUCACAGCUCGAAACCAGGGUGGCCGAUGCGGCGAUGCCCCGUUAUUCCAGGGGGGAGCUCUCCUACAUUUCCCUUCUUAGCAUCAUUGCAAGCCUUUUGCCAUCAGCCUGUGGCCUUUGACGGGGUUUGGAGAUCAAGGAGACCUCUCUGAAUUUCACGUGUUGUUCAUGUCUUCUUACCUCCUUCAUUUUCAAGCUUUGGAAAAGAAGCUGCCAGCCUGCGUGUCUUGGCAGACAGAGCUCCCGGCAAAGAUACUAUGUCCUUAAGGUUCAAGAACUGGCUUUUACUUCUCCAAGCCUCUGAGCGGGGUGGGGUUUUUGUUUUAGUUUAGCGCAUUUUCUCAGCAUUUCUGGUGGGAAAUACAACUUGGCAGAAGCCAAGCCCAGAAUGCUCCUUCCUAGUUAGACAUCUGCCCCAGUCUGUGUCGUAAUACCAUUGAAGUAUCUUAUUUCUCUUCGUUAACCAUCCUGAGAGUUUAGGCAACUGACUCAGAUCUGAGAGAGAUCACAUGAACAGCACCAUCUAAAACUAUUUUCUCUCUGUUGACUAUUAAAAAGAAGUGCCGGGUGACUAAUUCGGGGAGAGAUCAACAAUUUUAGAUGUCUUUCACUAACUUCCUGCUGCUUUAAGCCAGUUAACUGGCAAAAAUGAGUCUUCUAGGGAUAUAUCUAUGGGAGUGGUCUGUGUUUUAAUGCUUAUUUGUCUGGUUUAAGGAAAAAUCAUUGCAGAGCUUUUGUAAAAAAAAAAAAAUUCAAAUCUGUCUCUUGUAGCUGUGGGGAGCUGUGUCUUUGAAGCAAAUGAGAGAGUAUGGGGAGAGGCAUUUGAUGAGCUGGCUUUUUGUUUUCUUUUUUAAAAUAACCCAAAGUGAUGAGAAAUCCUGGCCUCAGGAGAAGACUUGCUCUUGCUUGGUCCUGGUGAGCAGGAGCGACAGAAAGGAGGGAGAAACGUACAAGCUUAUUUCAAGUCUCUUUUUAUUUUAGGGCAAUACAAACCAGAAAUCAACCCUGUCUCCCUUCAGAGAGGGAAGAUUUCUGCACAAACAGAAGCUCCUCAGGAUCGCUGCGCAUCCAAAAUGCUCAGUGUUGUUCACACACUAUCUCAAGAUGCUGAACCCACAGGUCAUUGCUCGCAGACCCAGCUACCACGUCCUCUAAAGAACCCAUGUGAGGUGCUGGCACCUCUGGAGGGUGGCCAAGUGUGACCAGGUCACACCUCUGUUUCUAUUCCUCUCCUGAAGGAUCCCGUUCCUACAUUGACUAUAUAGGGAUUCACCACCCCCCGCUUCCAUCUCGGCAUUUAAACUGGCUAAAAUUAGGCAGUGGAAAGGUCCCCUCCCCGCUGCUAGCACAGCUGUCGUACCCGCGACGGCUCUUCCAGCUCAGUGCAGACCCACAAAGCCUCCAGCGCGUCUGGGUUCCUGCUUCCCAGGGCACCACAGUCCCAGGACGAGCUUGGACCUGCCAAAAUUUUUAGCACGGACAACCCCCACAUACGCAACCAUCGCAGCUCGUGUGCCCUGGGAGCAGAACAGCCCCAGUUAGGCCAACUUCAGCAUUACAGAAAAUCAACUGCAGGUCUCGGUAAGCCUUUUUUUCUUUCCACAAGCACCAGAGAGGCGGGGAAAACAUAAUUUGUGGGUAUCCUAUUCCUGGAUAGGAAAGGCUGGGAGAUGCCUUUAGAAAGCAGAAGAAACAUGAUAUGUUUGUGAUAGCUGGAAGGAGCCUAGAACGAAAUGAUUUUUUUUUUACUCCUAUAUGUGAAUCUGACAAUACUGAAAAACAGGAAAAGGAUUAAAAGAAUGAAUUGUAUUCAACUUUUUUUCCUCUUAGGAAAAUAUUGUACAGAAACGAUUGGUGCCACUUUCCUUGCUCUGUUUAUCCAGUUCUCCAUAAAUUUAUGUCCUUAUAACAGUGUUUUUCUAACUUAGCUCCUAAUACCACCUGCAGUUUAUGGAAGGUGUUAAUAUAGCACAGGAGAAGCAUUCGAUAAUUUCCUUUCCGAUACAAUCCGAUGCCUUUUCCCGCGCUGGUUUUGGACUGGUCCUUUUUGCCUUUCCACAGCUGCAGCUCAGUUCCUCCAGGAAGGCUUACUGUAUUCAGCACAUUGGAUUAUGAACAUGAAAAUGAAAUUAUAAUGAUAUCCCUGGCCAGUAUGAGUGAUUUUGGGGAAGAAAAAUUACAUUAUGCAGUCUGCCCUCUUUGGUGUAUCAAUAAUGAGCAAGACAAUGGCACAAAAUCUGCAUCCCUUCACUCAGCCUAUGACAUCUCCUGUGGCAAUCUAAUCCUUUUUUUGUUUUUUAAUUAAUAAGAAUCAGUGCAAAACAUUAGCGUGGACUAGAAAUCACCACAUCUACAGUGACAAGAAACAGAGCAGUAACACAACAGAGGAGAGAAGCUCUUAGUAUAAAAUUCAGUUCAAAACAGUUUCUGUGGUUUUGGCCAAAAGAGAUGGUAACGCCAAGUUCUCCACAUAUGGGGCUGCCUAUAGCAGUGAUAAACGUCAUUAUCAAAUAAUAUAUGAGACAGAGAGGGGAAAUGAAGCUCACGCUACUUCAGACAACUAAAGUUAGAUGUUUUUAAGACUGAGCUAUUUGCCCUGGACCCCUUCUGUGAUCAUUGGGGUGACAGAUGCCAAGGGAGGUUCAUCGCACCUACAGUAGAUCCUUCUUUCCUACCAUUCGCCCAGAAAAUGUCUCAAGUCACGCAGUCUAAUGACUGGGGGAAAAUGAGAAAUAGCCUCUGUGACUCCACACAUUUCUCCCUUAUUGUGUUUACUCACAUGGGCAAAAAUAUUCCCGGAUCAGCAGGUUUCCUUAGAAAACACUUUUUCCUUCAUGCUGCAUCACUGUGAAGGCCUGGGUUUCCCUGGACAUGAUGUUUCAACACUGUUCCCUCUUGUCCCAUCAGGUUGCCAAAGCUCUUGAAGGAGGUUCCAGUUAGGAAGCAAACGUGAUGAUGGAGUCAGGGAGAAGUAAUGCAGAUCUUGAAGGAUGGAAUGCAAAAAUCAGGAAGUUAACAGAAGAAUUUGAAGAAAGCGACACAGAACUUGGCUCCUGGUCGCUUGUAGAAGCAUGUCAGAGGUGGAGAGCUCUUAUGACUGACCUGUAUUUAUUUCUCUCUUAUUUUUAGAGGAAUGUGACACAGAAAAUGAAAUAGGUAAGUAUCGCUUUCUUAUCUUUUGCAAAUUGAUUCCAAUAAGGGAAUUUCUUGUUUAACAAACCCUGCGUGAGUACCCAGGAUGCCACAUAUAUCUGCAAUCCCAUCAGCUCUGCUCUAGGGUCUCCCCUUGACCCUGUGUUGUUAGUUAAUGCCAAAUCUGUAAAUGGCAAGCUGAAGGCCAGCCAGAGAACAGAUUCAAGCAGUCCUUUAACAUGCAUCCUGGUUUAUUUCUCUGUUUUUAAGGUGAACUUACAGCAGAAAUUGACAAUCUGACUGGGGAGCUUGAGGAACGUGACAGAAGAAUUAGCAAGCUUACAUCAGACCUUGGUGAAUGCGAUGCAAAAAUCAGAACGUGAUAGAAAAAUUACCAAGCUUGCAGCAGAAACACGUAGACUCACUGCACUGCUUGGGGACCGCGACUCAAGGCUUCGGAAGCUCACUGCAGAACUUGCAAAAUGUGAUACAACGAUUAGAUUAUUUACAGUAGAGCUUGGAGAGCGGCACACAAAAAUAGGUGAACUUACUGCAGACAUCGGGGACUGCAACAGAAAACUUCGAAUGCAUGCAGCAGAACUUGAGGAACGGGAUGUGAAAAUCAGGGAAAAUGAAGCAGAGAUAAGGCGCCUUACUGAGCUGCUUGAGGACCGGGAUUCGGAAGUUCGAAAACAGGAUGCUGUCAUUAGAAAAUUGACGACAAGGCUUGAGGAAUUCAAUGACCAGGAAGCUGAUGAAUCUUCUGAGGAGCUUGGGGAGAGUGCUCUGGAAAGGGAUGAACUCAACAAAGAACUUGGGGAACGUGACAGAAAAAUAGAGGAAAUCACUGAAGAGCUUGCGGAACGGACUGCACAGAUUGAUGAACUCAAUACAGAGCUGGGAGAACGUGAUACCAAAAUUGAUGAACUGUCUGCAGAAAUUGAAAAACGCAAUAGAAAAAUUGAUGAACUCACUGCAGAGCUUGAGGAAUACAAAGCAAAAAUGCGAAAAUGCAUCAAAGAGCACAGGAAAGAGGAAGAAAAAAUGGCAAGUGUGACACUGGACCCAGAGACAGCACACCCCCGCCUCAUCCUCUCCAAGGACCAGAAGAGCGUGAGAUGGGAAUACAUGCUGCAGGAGUCUCCCGACAGCCCUGAGCGGUUUGACGCCGAUCCUUGUGUGCUGGGUUGCGAAGCCUUCACCUCUGGAAGACACUACUGGGUGGUGGAUCUAGCUGAGGGACAGUACUGCGCGGUUGGGGUUAGCAAAGAGUCUCUGCGGAGGAAGGGACCCAUCAACUUUAAUCCCGAGGAAGGGAUCUGGGCAGUGCAGCAAUGGGGAUUUAAGAACCGUGCCCUCACUUCUCCUCCAACCCUCCUUAACCUGCCACGGGUCCCCAGAAAGAUCCGGAUCUCUCUUGACUACGAAUGGGGAGAGGUGGCAUUUUUUGAUGUGGAGAACAAAAUACCAAUCUUCACCUUUCCUUCGGCUUCCUUUGCUGGGGAGCGGAUCCGGCCGUGGUUCUGGGUGGAGCUGGGCUCACUGUCUCUGGUCCGAUGACCCUUGCAUGCCUCCUUGCACAGAGAGCUCAGCACUGGUGGUGAGCAGGUGGCUUGAGGGGCAGGAGGAGCGGUGGAAGCACAUUACUCCAUCCAGACACCAACAGCUAGGUGGUAAACUGCAGCAGGGUAGAGACCAGAAUAGAAACACUCUCGGGAAGAGCAGCAUCUCGUUCGCCCCCAUUCCCAAUCGAGUGCCUUAGCCAUCAUCGUGCAAAGGAAAGACAGCCCAUCCUGAGUGUCCUUAACAUUAGGUGGCAGAAGGUCUGCCCAGCCUCAGCCCUUGGCUCGGUUGUCUCAUGGUUGCAGUUCCAGUGUAGAAGAACAUCAAAUGACCUGCAGAGAGACCUAGGUUCCUCCUUCAUCUGAUGGAAAGAGGUGGGCACCAGCGUAUGUCACUGUUCAUGCUGCCUGCAUCACCUGAGUGGGAGCGCAGGCUCCCACCAGCGUUUUCUUCUCAUCAGAUGGUGGUUGAUGUGUAGAUUUCAAUCAUUUGCACCACUUGGAUAGCAGGCAGAUGGAAAGAAACAUUUUUCAUGGGCAACUCAUCCAGACAUAGACAUCAAAAUAGGACAGGCAAAUCAUGCUUUCUGUGUGCCUAUCUCUCAUCACCAACUGUUGGAGGACUCUACACUUGGAAGAGAUUAAAAAACUCCCCUUUGCCCAACCUGCAUACAAAUUCAGGCCCUUUUCCCUUGGCCAGAGAAAGAAUGUGGCAAACCCUCCAUGACUGUCCACAGAGCUCCCAAGCACCUGGUCAAUGCACCAACAGCUCCACAGGUGAAGAUACUCCAGCCACCGUGCUGCUGGUCAAAGUAUUGGUGCCAUAAUCCUUUAUACUGGAGCUGCGUGCAGCCAGGUCCUUUGGCAGGACUAAAUUUGACUCAAAUCUGGCCUGGGCAGAUGAUCUUUUUCCAGAUGUGUUAGCCAGAGUCCAUGAGUUUUGCUCAGCCUUUGGGAGAAGAGAUAAGCCUGGAUUCAAGACCAAGCUGGCAUGAUGCCCUUGGGUGAAAAUUGAGGUGACAAACAUCCAGACCAUAUGGAUUAAAGGUUUGAAGAGGCUAACACCAGCAAGGAGCUCUGCAUCAUGUUGCCAUAAAGCUUCCAGUGAGGGUACUGGGAGCUCUAAAUAGAUUAAUGGAGGGGAUCACGCCAGUGCUUGAGAUCAGCAUGGGGCCAGCCAUGCUGGAAGGUGGGUGAUUAACGACAUCACUGAAGCUGCUCGAGGGGAUGGACACCAUGGUCUUCACCUUUCACGACAUCUCACUGCGCUUUAAUAGCAUUGGUGAAUUCCUCUUUCAUCCCUGCUUGCUCUUAGCCACCUGUAAAGCCUUAAAUCUUGUCUUUUGCCCCACCAUGGGAUGGACAGCUGGUAGUUUCCAGCUGACAAUAAACCACUUGAGACUCUUA